AAACGCUAAACGCACACUUACCGAAAUAGGAAACUCAAAGACUUCCUGAAUAGAGAUGAAGUAAACGUAAAAUCUAUAAAAAUUGGAUUCACCCAUCGUCCUCAACAUUAGCUAUCAACUAAGCCACAACACAAGACGAACACCUAGAGCAACGUGAGAAAGGAUUCUCGAGCUCACCAGUGUUAUUGAUAAAUCGACGGUAGCAUCUGACCACAGAGAGGGGCUUGCACAGAAGAAUGACCGACGGCGAGGGAAUAGGCACGGGGCGGCCUACGGGCUUGACCCACUGGGCAGAUAUUCUCACCAUCAUCGUGUACUUUGUGUCUGUCAUGGCUGUUGCAAUAUGGUCACUCUGCAGGCCUACAAGAAAAAGCGUAAGAGGCUACUUCCUUGCAGGGAGAGACAUGACUUGGUGGCCAAUUGGUAUGUCCCUCUUUGCAAGCAAUAUCGGGAGUGAGCACCUCUUAGGAUUGGCGGGGACCGGGUCAGUGUCAGGACUGGCUGUCAUCAUGUUUGAAUGGAAUGCUAUCAUUUUGCUUCUAUUUCUCGGAUGGCUGUUUCUCCCUGUGUACAUUGUAUCUGGGAUGUACACAAUCCCUGAAUAUCUUUCAAAGAGAUUUGGUGGACAAAGACUGAGAAUUUACCUCAGUUGCGUAUCUUUGAUAACCAUGCUGUUUACAAACCUUUCGGUUGAUUUGUAUUCCGGGGCACUUUUCAUCCAACAAGCAAUAGGGUGGGACCUUUACGUAGGAGUAGCUGUCCUUAUAUCUAUAGCUACUUUCUACACGGUGCUUGGUGGUCUGUCUACAGUAAUAUUGACCGAUGCAAUCCAAGUGGUGAUCAUGCUUAUCGGAGCCUUGACAUUAUCCGUUAUAGGUUUGAUAAAGGUUGGUGGGCUUGAAGGCUUGCGACACCAGUAUUCACAAGCAAUACCGAACGUUACUCGUUUGAAUCCAGUCACAAACGCAACAUGUGGGCUUCCCAGGGAGGAUGCAUGGCACAUUUUCAGGGAUCCAUUUAAUGCAGAUUAUCCGUCAAUUGGUACGAUGAUAAGAACAAUCAUUGGUGGUCUCUGGUACUGGUGCGCAAAUCAGCUUAUAGUUCAAAGAACACUAGCUGCAAAAUCUCUAACUCACGCCAAAGGUGGUACCAUUCUGGCGGGUUAUCUCAAGUUUCUACCUAUUGCUAUUAUGGUGUUUCCCGGAAUGAUAAGUCGCACACUUUAUCCAGACGAAGUUGCAUGCGCAGAUCCGGACGUCUGUGAAAGGGUUUGUGGGAACCGUGUUGGGUGUAGUAAUAUAGCGUACCCACGCCUUGUGGUAGGACUACUUCCUCCAGGACUUCGGGGCCUGUUAUUGGCCUGUAUGUGCUCUGCAGUGGUCAGUUCCUUGACGUCCCUGUUCAAUAGUGCAACUACAAUUUUCACCAUGGACCUAUGGAGAAAGAUCCGUCCAAAAUCAUCUGAAGUCGAAUUGCUCAUUACAGGAAGGUUGUUUGUGGUUGUCAUGGUAGUGUUGUCCAUACUCCUAAUUCCUCUCAUGGCAUCAGCAGAAGGCGGUCAGGUCUUCAAGUAUGCCACAACUAUUACAGGGUACCUAGGCUCCCCAACUUGCGCCAUGUUUAUUCUUGCCAUGUUCUGGCCUAGAUGUAACGAGAAGGGAGCAUUUUGGGGGAUGAUAGUCUCGCAACUUGUAGGCUUAGUGCGGUUCAUACUGGACUUUAUAUACCGCAGUCCAGCCUGCUGGGAGAGAGACGAGAGGCCAGAUUUCGUUAGCAAAAUUCAUCCAUAUUACUACAAUCUGAUACAGAUCGUCGUGGCGUUCCUGUUGGGAAUAGUCAUCAGUUUGUUAACAGAACCCAUUCCUCGCGAAAAGCUCUCCGGAUUAACCUUCUGGACUAAAAAUGAUAGGCCGAAAAAAGGCAACAUGAAUGUCGGUGUAACAACGGAUGACUCGUCCCAGUCUGAUGAGGAGACAGCGUCCGAAGAAUCUACUGAAACUGAAGACAUUAAAUGCCAGCUGAAAAAUGGUGAAAUUACAGAGUAUACAAUAGCAUAUGGAAGUACAGAUAAUACAGAUGAUGACGAUCGUAAAGAUAUGCAAGUAAAAGUAAUUGAAAAUGGAACUCGAGGCUCAAUAUCCAGUAAAGAUUGGGAAAAGCCAUCACUAUGGAAACAUUGGUUAUCGGAGGUAUGUGGAAUCGGUGGGAGUGAUAAUGUCAAACGUCCAUCAGCGACCGAGGAAUACGAACUGAGAAUGAAAAUAAUUCAAGAAACAUCAUUCUGGAAAAUGUUUAUGAAUAUAAAUGCCAUCAUUAUAAUGGUUGUUCUCAUCUUCCUUUACGGAUUUUUCCAUUGAAUAUAAUAUCAUUCAAGUCAAUUCGACUUGAUCGCUGCACAGUUUUUGUAUACGUCUCCUGCAGGAACUUGACGUACAUGUGAUUUCAGCAGUGCGCAUGAAUAAACGCAUUCCAAACGACACGAUUGAUAUUAUGAUAAAUAUAGUGCACAGAUUUGAUAUUUUAUUCCGUUUAACAGCUGUAUAGUGUAUUCUAUUAUAUGAUCGACCAGUUUUCAACUUGGUCAGACAAUAAUUAUAAAACCUCUGUAAAAGUAAUUUGUAAAAACAAAAUGUUACAAAUAAAAUGUAAUUUCUGACUGA